AAAAAAAAAAAAAAACAGGAGAGCCGCUUUCUGCUGAUGCUGCAGUGUCCAGUCCUCCCAGUUCCCUCCAUCAGACUGGGAGCCACUUCCAGCCUUAUUUCUAAUGUUUUUCUUUCCACCGGUCUCUGUCCUCCGCCUCCUUUAUUUCCAGCAUGAUUUUAAGAAACUGUCAGUCAGGAUUUUUGCUGCUGAGCCGCGGUUCAAAGCCGUCCGAAGCCUCCUCCUCCUGCAGCGGGCAGCUCCGAUCAAUGCUGAAAACCUACACCAAGAGGAUACGGAUGUUAACCAAGACAACAUAGUCUAUUAAUUUUUCAGAGAUACUGUAAAACGAGAUCAGUAUUAAACCCAAGUUGGGGAAAGGUAGGCAGGGUGAGGACAUUCCUUCCAUCUGAUGCCCUCCGGCUGAGCACAGGUGACAGAUGAAGCUUUGCUGAGAGAAACAAGAUGUUCAGCUCAGAGAUGAAGAAGAUGAUGAUGAUGAUGAAGAUGGUGGUGAUGAUGAAGGAGAGGAAGGCUCUGCACAGCUCCCGGCCUCAGUAGAGGCGUCUUCGCUCCAACCUGUUCCUCUUCACCUUCACGCCGCUUCCUCUCCUUGUCCUCCACCCACCAGGAAGGAUGACUGUGGUGUCCACAGAGAACAUGGAUGAGACCUCCACCUUGCCGGGACACCCGCAGGACCCCUACCCGCCCGACGACGAUCACGAUGACCACGACUGCUGCGAGCGGGUGGUCAUCAACAUUUCGGGGCUGCGCUUUGAGACCCAGCUAAAGACUCUCGCCCAGUUCCCCGAAACUCUACUCGGGAACCCCAAGAAGAGGAUGCGCUACUUUGACCCCUUACGAAACGAGUAUUUCUUUGACCGGAAUCGCCCGAGUUUCGAUGCCAUCUUGUAUUAUUACCAGUCAGGAGGAAGGCUAAGAAGACCGGUCAACGUGCCCCUGGAUAUGUUCUCAGAGGAGAUAAAGUUUUACGAACUUGGCGUGGAGGCUAUGGAGAAGUUUCGAGAGGACGAGGGAUUUAUCAGGGAAGAGGAGCGGCCCCUGCCAGAGAAGGAGUUCCAGCGGCAGAUCUGGCUCCUCUUUGAACACCCGGAGAGCUCGGGCCCCGCCCGGGGGAUCGCCAUCGUCUCAGUGAUGGUUAUUCUUAUUUCAAUAGUCAUAUUUUGUUUGGAGACGUUACCAGAGCUGAAGGAGGAUCCCAAUCAGCGGAUGCAGAUAGUGGGGAACGUCACCGUGUAUUACAAACCAAACUUCCUCACAGACCCUUUCUUUGUGGUGGAGACGCUCUGCAUCAUCUGGUUUUCUUUUGAGUUGAUAGUCCGGUUUUUCGCUUGUCCCAGCAAGGCGGCUUUCUUUAAAAACAUGAUGAACUCUAUCGAUAUUGUGGCUAUAAUCCCGUACUUCAUCACUCUUGGAACAGAGCUGGCUGACGACCAAGACAACAAGGAGGGGAAGGGAGGAGGGGAACAGGCCACGUCUCUGGCUAUUCUCAGGGUAAUCCGCCUGGUGAGGGUGUUCAGGAUCUUUAAACUGUCCCGACAUUCAAAGGGGCUCCAGAUUUUGGGGCAAACUCUAAAGGCGAGCAUGCGGGAGCUGGGCUUGCUAAUUUUCUUCCUCUUCAUCGGCGUGAUUUUGUUCUCCAGUGCUGUCUACUUCGCUGAGGCCGAGGAGAAGGAGUCGUUCUUCACCAGUAUCCCAGAUGCUUUCUGGUGGGCCGUGGUGUCGAUGACGACCGUCGGCUAUGGGGACAUGUAUCCCGUGACCAUCGGAGGGAAGAUCGUGGGCUCGCUGUGCGCCAUUGCCGGAGUGUUAACCAUCGCACUCCCGGUGCCCGUCAUCGUGUCCAAUUUCAACUACUUCUACCACCGGGAGACGGAGGGCGAGGAGCAGGCUCAGCUCCUCAACGUCAGCAACCAGAACUUGGCGUCGGACACCAACUCGAGCCGCCGCAGCUCCUCGGUGAUGAGCAAGUCGGAGUACAUGGAGAUAGACGAGGACAUGAACAACAGCAUCGAUAACUUUAGGGAAGCAAACCUUAGGACUGCCAACUGCACGGCUCCCAGCCACAACUGUGUGAACAAGGGGAAGCUGCUCACCGACGUGUGAGGCGGCGUCCAACGCACCAGUGUACAUAUUGUAGAAAUAUCUGGAUGCUUUAUUUCCAUUGGUGCAUUUUAUUCUUCUUUUGCAUUGAUUCAUUCAAACAUGUAUGAAUAACUAAAGAUUUUAAGGCACUCAUGGUAAACUUGUAAAAAGGUAGAGGCUCAGUUAUUUCAUGAAAACACAGUGACAGGGUCGUCUGGCAACAGUUCAAAGAUCAGCAGGUGUCAGGGAAUAUUUUUGAUAAAUUACUUACUAAUUACUUAGUUCAUUCCCACAAAUCGAAGGGGAACUCCACCAAUUUUUUACAUAAAGGUUAUAUCUUAGAAUGAGAUAAUAACCUGAGUGAUCUCAUAGUGAUGUCAUUGUCUGGUUUUGGCAUGGGGAUUACUUUUUCCUUUUUCUUUUUACAGAAAAGCGUGCGUUACAAAGUGGAGGUGUCGAAUUUUGAAAGAUGUGCGUGAUUACGAGGCAUUGAGAGUCUGUUAAAAGACUUUUACAUGAGCUGGCGCUUUGAUUUUGACCAGUCCAAAUUUACUGGCUUAUACCAGGCAGGAUAAAAGACUAACGGAAGAUAUUAUGGUAGUUAUUGUCAGGUUGCACCAUGGGAAAUGGAAGAGCCAGUUGUUUUUGAAGUUUUCCCAAAACUACAGACAAAAGUCAAGAUAUUUUUUACUGUUCUUUUUUUAAUGCAGUGCAAUAAUAAAUUGAUGGAGUGCCCCUUUGACAGCGUUACCAUCUUCACUUUUGACUGAGAUUCAUAGGUAUACUUCAGGCUGUUAAAACACAACUUUGUGUUAUCUCUGAUGUCUCUUAAGUGUAAUUUGUAGAUUUACAUCUGGUUUUAGAUAAAUUUAGAUAAUCCAAUGUGUAAAAAAAAAUCUUAUUCUGGAGGAUGACUAUACAGGUGGAUGCACAAGAGACAAGGAAGGGAGCAAAUGAAUCAUAAGAGCAAGAUUUAGUCCAUUUGAGGAAAUUAAUUUCCCUCAAGGCAAGUUUAGUUGUGUAACACCUUUCGACAACAAGUGGAAGUGUUGUACACAAGACAUGACAAACAGGAUUAAUAAAGAAUUU